AAAGAAAAGGCAAAAGCCCAACAGGAGAAAUUCCAGGCCAUCCUUUCUGCUUUACUCAAAGAUGAAGACAACAAAUACUGCGUCGAUUGUGACGCCAAAGGUCCGAGAUGGGCGUCAUGGAAUCUGGGGAUAUUUUUAUGUAUAAGAUGUGCUGGUAUUCACAGGAAUCUAGGGGUUCACAUCAGUCGAGUAAAGUCUGUGAAUUUAGAUAGCUGGUUACCAGAGCAAGUUGCUAUGAUGCAGGAAAUAGGAAAUAGUCGAGCCCGUGCAGCCUAUGAAGCCGAGCUGCCUGAUAAUUAUAGACGCCCACAAACAGAUUCAGCUUUAGAAGCAUUUAUACGGGCUAAAUAUGAACAUAAAAAAUAUUUAGCUAAA